AUGGCGUUCAAGUCGAUCCUCCUGGCUCUAGCUGCUUCAACGGCCGUCAACGCGCACUUCAAGCUCGCGUACCCCGAAUGGCGAGCUGAUACCCUCGCCGAGGAAAACGAGGACAAAUACGGCCAAUGGAACAAUCCCUGCGGCGGCGUCCCCUACAAAGCCGGCAACAUCACCGACUGGCCCCUCGGCGGCGGUUCCCUCUCCCUCGAGCUCCACCACCCCUGGACCUACGUCUACGUCAACCUCGGCCUCGGCGCAAACACCACAAACUUCAACGUCUCCCUCACGCCAGAGUUCCUCAACGUCACCGGCCGCGGCACCUUUUGCGUCAAGGAGCUCCCCGUGCCGCUGGACGACAUCAAGGACGGGCAGCUUGCGUCGCUGCAGGUCGUCACCAGCGGCGAGUCUGGCAACGCGCUCUACAACUGUGCCGAUAUUCGAUUCACAAAGAAUGCGACGCAGCUGAAGAACUGCACCGACUCGGAUGGCAUGGUUGUGCAGGCCAUCAAGGAGCAGAAUGGCAAUGGCACUGAUUCUGCCCAGAAUAAUGACAAGAAGAAUGCUGCUAGCCCGCUGAAUACCGAUAAGUCGGUCGUUUUGGCAACUGUUGCCUUCCUAGCGGUUGGAUUUUCUUUGGGACUGGGCAUCUAA